UUGGCCCAUCGUUUUCACAUUCCAACGUACACUUAAAUUUUUUCUUUGUCUCUCUAAUUUGUUUGUUUUUCAAUCAUGUUUCCCAAAUUUGUCCCAAAUCUAGACGCUUAAUCACACCUGAACUAACACUCUUUUUUAUUUUUCGUCACUAUAUAAAUUUCUUCCUUCCUCACAACUACAUGUGAUCAAGAAUAUUCCCACCCUAUCAAAAUAAAAAAUAAAUAAAAAAACAAAAUGGCUGAGCGGGCCGAGUCGACUCACGAGUCAGCCAAGAGCAAGAAGAAGAGCGGAAACAAGCACCCGAUUUACAGAGGGGUGAGAAUGCGGAGCUGGGGGAAAUGGGUCUCCGAAAUCCGCCAGCCGCGGAAGAAGUCCCGCAUUUGGCUCGGGACUUACCCCACGGCGGAGAUGGCGGCGCGGGCCCACGACGUGGCGGCCGCGUGCAUCAAGGGCGACUCGGCGAUCCUCAACUUCCCCCAGCUCACUGAGUCGCUGCCGCGGCCCGACUCGCUCUCGCCCCGCGACGUCCAGGCCGCUGCAGCGAAGGCGGCGGCAAUGGAGGACCUCGGCGGCGCAUUGCCCUCGCCGUCGUCGUCGACGGUGACAUCCGCCGGCGGCGAGGGGUCGGACUCGGAGGAGCUUGGGGAGAUCAUUGAGUUGCCGAGUUUGGAGGGAAGCUACGAGUCGACCGAGUCGGGGGGCGAGUUGGCGGUGGUUGACUCGGAGGAGAGGUGGCUGCAACCGCCGUGGUGGGAGUUGGAUAGGAGUUUUUAUGAGUACUUCUACGACGAAAUUGGCGGCGGCGGCGGCGGCGGCCGGAGUUUGAUCUCAGUCAGCUAUGAGAAUCUCAAGUGGACUUGCUAAAUUUAGUAGGUGUGCCUUAUGCUUUGGUACUUGUACAGUCUUGUUUUUUAUUACUACUACUAUCAAAAUUUCUAUAUUGUUUAUAUUACUCAUUUUUCGAUCUUUUUCAUUACUUUACUUAAUUUUUCUAGUUUCGAGUGGAUUAAUAUUUACUUGGUCAUUUACUCAUUUUGUCUAUAUGAGUGUAUACCUCUUUUUCUCUGUUUUUAAUAAAUAAUUAUUACGUA